AUGGAUUCAGAAUUACGAGCUAUCAGAGAGGCCCGUCUGGCCCAGUUAAAAAAUCAGUCAACUCUAAGUAAUAAUAGUGGAACUAAUAAUAAUAUUAAUAAUACUACUGGGAAUAGUAAUACUAACCAGGUGGAUGGAGUUAGUAGCACAUUGGCCCCCUUCCUAGAACAACGAGCACUAGAACGAUUAUCUCGUGUGUCUUUGGUAAGACCUGAACGCGUUGCUGCUGUUGAACAAUACUUACAAAGAAUUAUCUCAUCUGGCCAACUAAGACAUAAAAUUAAUGAAAAUGAAAUUGUGCAAAUAUUAAACGGGAUCUCUAAACAAGAAAACAGUCAUACUGAUUCUAGGAUUAUAUUUGAGAGAAAAGAUAACACUGAUCCUUUUGAUUCCUUUGAUGUUGUUAAUAAUAAUUCUAAAAAGCAGAAUACUAAUUCGAACUCCGACUCUGAAGAUGACUUCUUUGAUGAAUAA